AUGCCCAAAGUAGGAGCAAGUGGAAAUAUCAACAUCGAUAUAUUUUCUGGCAUUAAGGAUUUGGCAAAGAUGUUUAAUGAUCAAAGUGUAGAUCGUGGAGAAGCGACCCAGCUGAUUGUUGAUCAUUUUACUCGAUCUUUUCCUGAUAAAAAUUGUAUUGUAUGCCAUAGUCCACAUGUAAAAUCACUCAAUGGUAUGGAACAUGACCACAUCGAACUACCACGAAAAGUGGGCACUAUAGGAUAUGAAAUAUAUGUAUUUGAUGAUGGGGAAUUUACAAAUCUUGGCGAUGGCGGCUAUAUAAAUUGGGCUUUUGCUGGAAAUUUUGUUCGAGAUCCUGAAAAUGACAAGAUAGUCCAUUUUUUUAAACGAGAAUAA